CCUCUCCGCCCCUCGUCGGCGCCGCCAGCUCCCGGGGGACGCCCCGAGCGCCCCGGCCUGCCGCCGUCUGCACCUACGCGGGGAGCCCGGAGCCGAUCAGGAGCCACCCGGACCCGAGAAGCUGCUGCACCGGGCCUCAGCCACCCCUCCGGAUGCUGGUGCUGCCGGCCCCCGGCUCCCGGCCCCCGGCGUUUCCCUCCGCUGAGGCCAUGCAGGCCCCUCCCCCUCGGACAGGCGGGUCCCCAGAGCCCGGACCUUCCUGCUCCACAGGAUGUCCCCAGACCUCGCCCUCUUCUUCCAGGCCCAACCACUACCUGCUCAUAGACACCCAGGGCGUCCCGUACACCGUGCUGGUGGACGAGGAGUCUCAGAGGGAGUCCGGGCCCGAUGGGGCGUCGGCCCAGAAAAAAUGCUACAGCUGCCCCGUGUGCUCCCGUGUCUUCGAGUACAUGUCCUACCUGCAGCGGCACAGCAUCACCCACUCUGAGGUGAAGCCCUUCGAGUGCGACACCUGCGGGAAGGCAUUCAAGCGGGCCAGCCAUCUGGCGCGCCACCACUCCAUUCACCGGGCAGGCGGCGGGCGGCCCCACGGCUGCCCACUCUGCCCUCGCCGCUUCCGAGAGGCGGGCGAGUUGGCCCAGCACAGCCGGGUCCACUCCGGGGAGCGCCCUUACCAGUGCCCGCACUGCCCGCGCCGGUUCAUGGAGCAGAACACGCUGCAGAAGCACACGCGGUGGAAGCACCCCUGAGCCAGGCUGCGGGGGGCCCCCCAGGUACCGCGGGAUUCUCGGGGCGGGGGUGUGUGCACAUGGACACCUGUUGUCCUCAGACAGCCGGCGAACACCAGGGGGCCCUGGACACAAACAGACCCACCGCUGCGGGGAGGCCGACCCCGGCCUUAAGGAGAAGUCCUGCAGUCAUCUCCGGGUGUUUGGGAGAUAGGAUGAGAGCAAGACCCCACGUUUCCUGAAUGGAACCCUCUAACCUCAGAGACACCAGCGAUUCCACGACUGAGCCCUGACUGCCGGGGUUGGGCCGGGUUAGUCUGGGCCCGAUGGGGCGCAAGAGUGCCAUGUGUUACCGAUCUAGGGCCUGAGAACUGUGCCUGGGGGCCAUCAGGAAUCUGCACUGUCUUCCUGAGACCCGCCCCCUCCCCCCACAACGUGCAAUGCUGGGGGAAAGGGCCCCAGACUUGCCUCCCACUCCCCAGCCAGAGGUGGAGACUGGACACUCACUCAGUAAACACGUGGUCCACUUUCAGCACCCGAGGUCGGUUCUGGGAGACUGUCUCUGCCCACUGCCUGGCAGGGAGACUUUGCAAGUGCCUGGCCCACCUGGCUGGGGAAUGGGAAGGUUGGCCUGUGAUGGGGCUCAUCCGAGCUUGGCUCCUGACCACCUGUGUCAUUGAGGCAGAAUGUUUUUAAUCUUAACUUUCUAAAAACCACGACCCAUUGUAAGAAACACAUUUUAUACGGCAACCCGGUAUACAGGUACACAAAAUACAUGCAAAACAAAGGUUUAACAAUA